AUGACUCCCGGUCACGUUCCUGCAACAUCCCCGCCUCGGCACAACCUUUCCUCUAAGGCAACAUUCGAGGACGCCGAUGUUCACACGCCGGCAGCUGCACAGACCUGCGAGAUGACAAGUCGGGUGUCUCUGGUCCGAAUCACCGCCCUGAGGCUGGAGGGGCUGCAGUUGGACGACCAGGGCCCGUACGAGUGUCGAAUCCUCUUGCUGGACAAACCCACGGACGAGCUGCGAAACGGCACCUGGACUCUGCUUUCUGUAACCGCUCCGCCCAUCUUCACCGAAGCCCCGCCCCCUGUGCUGGAGGCUCUGGUCGGCAGCCAUCUUUCUCUUGCCUGUGUUGCUAAGGGCAACCCAACUCCAACCAUCACCUGGCUGAAGGAUGGCAGUGCCAUUCAAAGAGUAAAUUAUCAGGUAUGUGAAGGAGUCUUAUCUCUGCCAGCAGUGAGCAUGCAGUCAGCAGGACAGUACACCUGCCACGCCUCCAAUUCUGAGGGAAACGUGACUCGCGUGACAAAAGUGAAGAUCAAAGGUCCGCCUGUCAUUGUUGUGCCUCCGAAAAGCACCUCUCUCAACAUGUCCCAGAAUGCACUGCUGCGGUGCCAGGCGGUGGCCGACCCCCCCAACAUGACCUACGUGUGGCAGAAAGGUGGCGAAAACGUCCAUCACGUCGAGUCUCUGAAGUCGCGAGUGAAGAUCAUGGUGGAUGGAACCCUGCUCAUCUCCAGGGUCGUCCCGGAGGAUUCUGGGAACUACACCUGCGUGCCGACCAACGGCCUGCUGACUCCGCCGACCGCCUCCGCCAACCUCACCGUGAUGCACCCGGCCAAGGCCCUUCAGAUGCCCCAGGAAACGUACCUCCCCACAGGUAUGGACGGUGUGAUCUCCUGUCCAGCGGCAGCUCAGCCUCCGCUGCUCCGCGUGGAUUGGACCAAAGAUGGGGAACCUCUCGACCUCUCCUUGUAUCCAGGAUGGACCUUGAAACCGGACGGCUCUUUGUCCAUGGCCACGGUCAACGACGAUGCAGCCGGUGUUUAUACGUGCACUCCCUACAACGGCUACGGCAGCUUGGGCUCAUCCGCACCCACCAGCGUCAUCCUACAGGACCCGCCGUCAUUCAGCGUCACUCCAGAGAGGCAGUACAGAGAGGAGGCCGGUAGAACCCUGCUCGUCCCCUGUCAAGGAAAUGUGGACCCGACAAUUAAAGUGACCUGGAGCAAGGUGGACGUGGUCCGCCGCAUCGCUUACUCCAUCGAGCCCAACGGCUCCCUGCUGCUGCAGCCUCUCCUGAAGGACCACCAGGGGGCGUGGGAGUGCAGCGCCUCCAACCGCGUAGCCUCGGUGAAGGCCAGCACACAAGUUUUUGUCAUGGGAACCAGUCCCCAUGCGGCUACCUCUCUGUCCGUCUCUCCAGGGGUGAGGCAGGCCAACAUAUCCUGGGAGGCAGGCUUUGAUGGAGGAUCAGCACAGACAUUUUCAGUUUGGGUGAAGAAGAUUUCAGCGAGUGAUAAUGAUGGGAAGCAGGACUGGUUCUCUGUGCCGGUGCCCCCCUCCUCUGGUACCAGCCUGCAGGUGACAGGCCUGUCUCCUGCCACCGGAUACCAGUUCAGCGUCCUUUCCCAGAAUAAAAUGGGAACAGGUCCCUUCAGUGACAUCGCCACUGCGAGAACUUUGGAUCCACCGGCGAGGAGAAGCAGACUGAAGCCCCCCACGUCGCUGUCGGCUCAUCAGGACUCAGCAGGUGUUGUUCUGCGCUGGUCCCUUCCUGAACCUCCCCUCACCGGCUUUGUGCUCCAAUCGCGCACCGAGCAAGGGGAGUGGUUCAACUUGGACGAGGACGUCGGCGCCAACAGCAGCGAGAUGGUGGUUCCGGGUCUGCACAAGGACUGUGUGUACGAGCUGCGGCUGCUAUCUCGUCGCGGGGAGUUGCUGAGCGAGCCCAGUCCAUCAGUCAACGUCUCCACCAUGGGGAUGGAGGUCUACCCCGCCACGUCCCGGCUCCUGGACUUCGUCCCCGACCCGCUGCUGGUCGGCGUGCUGGGCGGCGCCGGCUUCAUGUGCCUGGCGCUGCUGGUGCUGCUGGGGUCCGCCUGCCUCAUCAGCCACAAGAGGGACCAGCGACGCAAAAAGAAGAAGGAUGAGCCCCCUACUGCCAUCUAUAAGUGCUCCUCAUCAAUAAAGACUUCAGGCACCAGCAGUCCAGACAGUGUGUUGAAGAAAUCCUUACUUCCAGCCAGCUCCCACUAUCCCACAUCCUCCUCUACCACCACCACCACCACCACCUCCUCCUCUUUGCAGACAGACUGUUCCUCCUUUAGCGCCGAGAAUCAUCAUCAUCAUCAUCAUCGGCGGAAGCAACUCGCGUCCAACUACAGCCGAGGCCGCUUUGCUAAGACGCCUCUAAAUUCUCCUUCUAUCGAGCUGAUCUCUAGAGCUCCAGAUGGGAGGUUCAUACUCCCACCUUACGACACGAUGAGUGUUAACAGCAAGAAAAGUGUAAGGUAUGACCAUCCUGCUCGAGCUCGAUCUGUGUCACUGUACUCAGAGAGGGAGGAUAGAAAAGAGAUGCCAUUUGUGCUUUCCGUUGAUCUGCCACCUUGCACACCAGAGACUAAUUCCAUGAUUCAAACAUGCGGCCAUCGCGGCUCGUACAUGUUGGAUCAGAAGUCCAACUACGACGUCUUUCCUGAUCUCAACAGCAUGUGCUCAGACAGCAGUUUAGCCACCCCUAUUCAUCCAAUAACUCCCACGUUCCCAGUGCUCCCGCAUAUCCGAUCCAGCCUCGGUCAGCCGACGACGACCGCCAGCUCUCUGGUGCUGCAAAUGGAGCACGAGCGCGAGAGGGGCAACCUCAGUCGGUGCCUGAAACUGGCUCAGGAGAGGGAGGAACUGGAGAGGGAGCUCCGGAGGUUCACGCUAGAGAGAACCUCCGUGAGGGAAAUGAAGACUGAGCAGCCAGAUUUGAGGAGGAGGGAGGAUGACACCUGGGAGUACAAGAGCAGCACUUUGCCACACCGAUACCACCAAAGCGGCAGAAGUUGUCUGUCGCCGAGUCCUUUCUCGUCCUCUUCUGUCCACUGGGAGGUCCAUCCUCUUGAAUUCCCUCCCACUCUCAUGCCAUCCAGAACCAGCCUCGGCGCAUCGUCACCUGCGACUCCCACUUAUUUUCAGUCCGGCAGCCAUCAUCCCUCUCCAUUCUUCGCCAAACAGACCUCGCUACGAUCGGAGGAGGCAGGAGGCAGUUUUUCGAAAGACAGAUUAACUCCCCCGCAUCCCUCCUCAAAGCACCAGAGACAUGAAAGAGAAGAGGCAGCACCAGAGGGCCAUGAUAAUUCACCACAAUCCACAGUCUUAGAAAUGCAAACGAGUGAUUCAUGCUCUGAGGCACAGAGACAGAGCAAUCUUAGUCAUGGCAGCCUUUCAACGUUGUCUUUCCAUAGCAAUAAAUAUAGUGGAAGAUCUAAUUCGGCUCUUGAUGCCGUGCCAGACUCUUCAAAAGUGGAGGUACCGUUCCCCGAGCCCACUGACGAAGGCUUGUGUGUGGAGAUGAGUGUGGAUGAGCCAGAGUUUGAGGUGUGUGUAAUGCGGCCUACGAAGCCGAUGCUGCACCACAGGAUCGCCUCUCAUGUGCGUCACGGGCGUCCGCUGACCCGACAAGGGCGGCACGAAAACGUUAGGAGGAGCACGAGUUUUAACAGUCCUGCCUCGGUGGACAACAUCAUCAGGGCCACAGAUUCCUCGCAAGCCUCAAGACCCGAACUCUGGAGAGCCGUGAGCCAAGGCUCGAAAGUCUGGGACCCGAAGCAGCGAAGUCAGAGUCUAGACUUGAGAACACGGAGACAGACACGGAGCGAUUUCUUGACUCCGGAUGCGUGGAUCGACUCUCUGAGCCAAGAGAAUUGCUCUGUUGCACCACCUCGUCAUGCAGACUCUCUGUUCUGGAAACCUCGCAGCUCUCCGUCCAGGAAGGUGUCCAAAUCUCCCGCAAAUUCUCCUCCUGCUACCCAAGCUGCCUCCCAUUCACCUCCUGCUCAGGAGUCUUUAUCUCCAAGAAGCAGUCCAGAGAGGCCCGAACCAAAUCAGGACGUGCCUUGCCGCUACGAGCCAAGAAGGGAGGCGUCCCUCUUGCCCGACGCUGCCAAAUGGCCGGUCGCCUACCACGAGGCCACGGAAGAGGCAGGAGGUUACAGGCGGGCCGCGAGGGAAGCUUCCAUAUGCUUGGCGCCCGACAACAACGAUCAAGAGGUGCUGGACGUGGAGGCGGGAAGCUACGAGGAAGUGCCAGAGUCGGGGGGGAGCUACAGCAGCUACGCCAGCAGCGGCCGAGGCAGCAUGGAGGCCACCAACGGGCGACUGUCGCUGUGUCACCUUUCCCCAACCCUCGCCAGCUCACCUGAGACCAUAGAGGACAUCCAGGGGAGCUCAGAGGACAAGCACAGCCUGCAGGUGGAUCCGAGCCAAAGGUAUUAA